AGAUCUUGUCCACGUCCAAAGGAAGCUUCGCUAACCCCUUCCCUAUCCAACUCUGAGACAGGAUGAACCUCAACACCCCUCCUCUUCUGGAGUGAAUUCCCACCCAAAACCCCCCUCCUUUACUACUACGACUCCUCUUGAUGUUGUCCGGGAACCCCGGGAGCUCCCCCACCACCUCGGCUUUGCCCGUCCCCAGCCAGUACUUGAGAAUCCUGCACUUGGUGGUCUCCGCGAGUAGAAGGAAAUCCCUGUUUUUGCUCAGUGACACUCCGUUCGGAAAUGAAGGGUUUCCCAACAGAAGGCUUAGUUGUUUGGAUUUUGGAUCAUAUUUCAUUAGCCUUCCUGAACUGUCUCCACUUAAUAUAGCCGACGCAAAGUUCCUGCACAAAAACACACAACAUUUAAAUAUAUGGGUCAUUAAAGGAAUGGAUGCAUCGCAGCAAUCCUUGGCUGAAACUUUGGCCAGUGGCACGCCUGCUACGUCGGGGUCAUCUGGUAAUGUGGUUAAUUAUAUGGGUCAAAUGGCCAUGGCAAUGGGAAAGCUCGGAACUCUUGAUGGCUUCCUACGCCAGGCCGAUAAUCUUCGUCAACAAACACUUCAACAAAUGCAUCGCAUAUUGACAACCCGUCAAUCAGCUCGUGCGCUUCUUGCAAUAAACGACUACUUCUCCCGCCUUCGAGCUCUAAGCUCUCUCUGGCUUGCACGGCCACGAGAGUGAAAGGGGCAUGGGAGUUCUCUCUAGUUAAUCUGUCAAAUUUAUCAAACAAGUGCCUGAAGUGUGCUACCACACAGAAUUGCAUUGCUUCAUUGGAUGAAGCUGCUUCUGUCAUAGGAAUUGUACAAUGGAUGAAGAUGAGUGAUGGUGGUGUAGGGUGAAGUUUGUGAUUGAUAUAUACAUAUAUAUAGCUUUCACAUUUUCAGUUGUUUAGUGUCGGUUGGUGAUAUUGUAUGCUUAUUACAAUAAUCUUUUCAGGUGAUGUUUCAUAGAACUGAAUGGGAAAAUAGGUUGUAUCUGUAACUUACAUUUGUAUUACAUCAACCUACACCAGAGAUCAUAUUAUAAUUUAUUUUCAAAUAAUAUUCUUUGAGUAAG